UCUUUCCCCUAAUUCCCACAUUUUUCCUCAGUUCCAACAAACCGGGCCAAGUGUGGUGAGCAGCUCUCACGCAUUAUCCUCGGUCAGAGACAAUGCAAGCAGCAAUAGCAGCCAUGGCAGCUCAUGCACUCCUCUUCUCAACUACUCCAUCCCAUACUCUUCUUUACCCACUAUUCUCUUCCCCAACCCCUCACAACAACAACAACCCAUCUCUCUUCUCUUCAUUCCACGCCCUCCCCCUCCUCAAAUUCACCCCCCAAUCCAUUUCCGUCUCCGCCACCGCCCCAAAGCCCCUCACCGCCGCCAAGAAAGCCGUAGCCGUCCUCAAGGGCAACUCCAAAGUCGAAGGCGUUGUUACCCUCUCUCAAGACGACGGUGGCCCAACCACUGUGAAUGUUCGCGUUACGGGACUCGCUCCAGGACCUCAUGGCUUCCAUCUACACGAGUAUGGAGAUACAACAAAUGGGUGUAUAUCAACAGGAGCACAUUUUAAUCCUUAUAAAAAGACACAUGGUGCUCCAAAGGAUGAAAUCCGUCAUGCGGGUGACCUGGGAAACAUAAUUGCUAACGCCGAUGGGGUGGCAGAGGCAAAAAUUGUGGAUGGCCAAAUACCACUUAGUGGACCUAAUGCAGUCAUUGGCAGGGCUUUAGUGGUUCAUGAGCUCGAGGAUGAUCUUGGAAAGGGUGGUCAGGAACUUAGCCUUACCACCGGCAAUGCAGGUGGACGGUUGGCAUGUGGCGUGGUUGGUUUGACUCCAGUAUAAGUACAGAUCCUCGUUUGCAAUCAAUCUACCGUGCACUAUGCGUUGCAGCCUUUGCACAUUUCAUAUAUAGGUCAAUGCUAUUCAAAGCUGUGGGUGUACUCUGGGAUUGUGCGACGACGAUCGUUAGUGGUAAAUUCUUGCAGAACUUGACCAUGUUUUUGUUUAUCCCCUAUCCAAUAAACAUGAUAUUUGUAUUGACAUAUUGUGAAUGUUGUAUAACUUCAUGUUGAAUGCAUUAGAGUUGGAUUCUUUGUGUACA